GAUCUGAAACCCUCACACUGAAAGGCGUCUUCAUACACGCCACUGCUCAAAUUCCUCCAUUGCUCUCUGUAUUCUUCUGUUGUCAUUUUGAAUCGUCUUUUGAUUCCAGAAAAUGAGAGAGUGCAUUUCGAUUCACAUUGGUCAGGCCGGUAUUCAGGUCGGCAAUGCAUGCUGGGAGCUUUACUGCCUCGAGCAUGGCAUCCAGCCUGAUGGCCAGAUGCCAAGUGACAAGACUGUUGGUGGUGGAGAUGAUGCUUUCAACACCUUCUUCAGCGAAACCAGUGCUGGGAAGCACGUGCCUCGAGCUAUUUUUGUUGAUCUUGAACCCACUGUUAUUGAUGAAGUGAGAACUGGAGCAUACCGCCAGCUUUUCCAUCCUGAGCAGCUCAUCAGUGGCAAAGAAGAUGCUGCCAACAACUUUGCUCGUGGUCACUACACGAUUGGGAAGGAGAUUGUUGAUCUCUGUUUGGAUCGUAUCCGAAAACUUGCUGACAACUGCACUGGGCUGCAAGGGUUCCUAGUGUUCAAUGCUGUGGGAGGUGGUACUGGUUCUGGUCUUGGUUCACUUCUGUUGGAGCGACUUUCUGUUGAUUAUGGCAAAAAGUCAAAGCUCGGUUUCACAAUCUAUCCCUCACCUCAGGUUUCUACAUCUGUCGUGGAGCCCUACAACAGUGUCCUAUCAACCCAUUCCCUCCUUGAGCAUACAGAUGUCUCCGUGCUGCUUGAUAAUGAGGCCAUCUAUGACAUUUGCAGGCGAUCUCUUGACAUUGAACGCCCCACUUACACCAAUCUGAACCGUCUCGUCUCUCAGGUGAUCUCAUCCCUCACAACUUCUUUGAGGUUUGACGGAGCUCUGAAUGUGGAUAUCACUGAGUUCCAGACCAACCUGGUUCCUUACCCUAGGAUUCAUUUUAUGCUCUCCUCAUAUGCACCGGUCAUUUCAGCCGAGAAGGCAUACCAUGAGCAACUAUCUGUUUCUGAGAUCACAAACAGUGCCUUUGAGCCCUCUUCCAUGAUGGCCAAGUGUGAUCCUCGCCAUGGUAAGUACAUGGCUUGCUGCCUCAUGUACCGUGGUGAUGUUGUUCCCAAAGAUGUGAAUGCAGCUGUGGCUACCAUCAAGACGAAGCGUACAAUUCAGUUUGUUGACUGGUGCCCUACUGGAUUUAAGUGUGGUAUCAACUACCAGCCACCUACUGUUGUUCCAGGAGGUGACCUUGCCAAGGUGCAGCGGGCCGUCUGCAUGAUCUCCAACUCCACCAGUGUUGUAGAAGUGUUCUCCCGCAUUGACCACAAGUUUGAUCUCAUGUAUGCUAAGCGUGCAUUUGUGCAUUGGUAUGUUGGUGAGGGAAUGGAGGAAGGGGAAUUUUCAGAGGCUCGUGAGGACCUUGCUGCUCUUGAGAAGGAUUAUGAGGAGGUUGGUGCUGAGUCUGCUGAGGGAGAGGAUGAUGAAGGAGAAGAAUAUUGACGAGGGGAUGCAGCUCCUUAUGUAUUGGUUCCUGUUGUUGUUAUCAUGUUGGUUUCAUUAGAUUUUGUUGCUACUAUGAAUGAUUGUGCUUUAUGAGGUGAAGCAUGUUUAAACUUGUUUGGUGUCUUUGAUACUACCUAGACCAUGUUGUGGACCUGAUUUCUAGGCUUUGGUAUCAUCGUUUACUUCCGCGUUUUUACAUUUUGGGAUUUUAUAUUCGAUUGUUCAAUUGUUUGUGGAAUUGUUUUUACAUUUUGGUAUUUCGUUUAUCACGGAGGCUGAGUUGGAUUUAUAGAA